ACAACCGCCUACUACUACUGCUACCAGUUUGAACGUAAACUAAACAUCUGUGAGGCUAAUGACUAAAUUACUAUUACCUACUGCAUGUGCAUUGGCUUUUUGCCGUCAUAUGAAGUGACGUGUACCACUGAACAAGAGUGAAUUCAAUAAGCCAGAGAAGUGAUGACGCGUCUUCUGUCGUCCAUAUUUUUUGUAAUUAUUUUUGACAGGUUACUGUUGUGUCAUUCCAGUUCUUCGUGUGAUGCAAAUCAGGACAUUUGUGAUGCCGAAACGAAUCCUGCCCAUAAAUAUACCACAGGACAAAAUGGGCAGUGGCAGACCUAUAUUUCAAAGAUCGAGGACGCUGUGUCAUCAUAUACCCAGUGUGAUAGUACUAAGUGUUCCUGUCACUAUUCGCUCAUCAAAAAAGAUUUAGCAACUUUCAAGAAUGGAAUCAGUAAACCUCUCCUUCACUCAGCAAGAGACAGAGGAACAUUUUAUCAAAUUAUUGAUAAGCAACUAUACAGGCAGAGUGACUGUAUGUUCCCUAGUCGAUGUAGUGGCGUUGAAUAUUUCAUUUUGAAGAUAAUUGACUCACUACCUGACAUGGAAAUGGUAAUCAACACUAGGGAUUGGCCUCAAGUCAAUUCUCAUUUUAUUGAGAAAAAACCAAUCUUCUCCUUUAGUAAGACUUCUGAAUAUGUGGAUAUCACCUAUCCAGCUUGGACAUUUUGGGAAGGUGGUCCUGCAAUAACUUUGUACCCAAAGGGACUAGGAAGAUGGGACAUUUUACGUAAGGAGCUUUUGGGUGCAUCAAAGAAGAGGCCUUGGGAAAAAAAGAAGCCUCUAGCAUUUUUCAGAGGUUCUCGAACAAAUUCUGAACGAGAUGUAUUAGUAUACCUUUCUCGAGAAGAUCCAGCACUAGUUGAUGCUCAGUAUACCAAAAAUCAAGCGUGGAAGUCAGAUGCUGAUACUUUAUAUGCUCCACCUGCAAGUGAAGUUUCUUUAGAAGAGCACUGCCAGUAUAAGUAUUUGUUUAAUUUCCGAGGUGUUGCAGCAAGUUUUAGGUUCAAACACCUAUUUUUAUGUGGAUCGCUUGUUUUUCACGUUGGAGAUGAGUGGAUAGAGUUCUUCUAUCCAAAAAUGAAGCCCUGGGUCCAUUACAUUCCAGUUAAAACAGGUGCAUCUAAAGAGGAAUUACGAAAACUUUUACAGUUUGCUGCUGAAAAUGAUGAACUGGUUUCCCAGAUUGCUGAAAGAGGACAGAUGUUCAUCAAAAACCACUUAAGAAUGAAGGAUGUACUUUGCUACUGGAGAAAACUGUUGCAGACAUAUGCAAAGUUACUUACAUACAAACCUCAGAAGGAAGAAGGCCUUAUAGAAAUAAAGCCAAAACUAUAACCUUCAGCCUGUUAAACACAAGUGUACUUAAUUAUUUUUUGACCAAUAUUGGCUUGACUAAAAGAAUGAUGCAAGUAAUUUUUAUAUUGAAGUUGUUGAAAGCCAAUACUAUUAAUUUUUUAAUAUUUAAGAUUUUUGUAUUUUUAUACAGUAAAGAGUACAGCACAUUU